AUGUCCAGCGAGGCUGAAGAUGAGGAUGACGACAACAUCAACAAUCAGGCAUCUCCAUCACCUCUGAGGCCUCCAUCUACUCCGAGAUGUAUGCAGACACCUCCCCCCCACAGGUCUCUGCAGACCCCUCCACCCACCCACAGGUCUCUGCAGACCCCUCCACCCCCCCACGGGUCUCUGCAGACCCCUCCACCCACCCACAGGUCUAUACAGACCCCUGCACCCCCUGCUCCCACCCACGGGUCUUCAACCCCAAGACGAGACAUUCAGGAUAGCAUGUUUGUUCGCAUUUUGACCCUCCUUGAGGAGGUGAAAGACACACAGAGGAACCAUGGGAGGAUUCUCCAGGCACUUCUCCAAGAUCGACACAACAUUGCCAACCCCGUUUGUUCUACUCCAGAGGGUUUCCCCCUCAAGACGGUUAAUGAAGUCGACUGCAUGGAAGAAAAACUGGCAAACCCCACCUUCAUGUCAGAACUGAUUGCAGCUGUGGCGGACAUUGGAGGGGGCACUGUUGACGGGGCCACAAGAAGGAUGAUGGCGUUCCUCACUGACCACAACCUAUCCAGACAGUACAACUUCGUGGGGAGAAACGGCAAGAGAGGAUUCAAGCCCCUCAAGCUGUUUGAAGUAAUUUAUGGAGCCUUGAAGAAGAAUGUAAUGACCAGUCAGAUCACCAGAAAGGAUGCAGAGAAGGCGGUCUCGAAGUGGCUGAUUGGUGCUAGGGACCGGGGGGGGGGCAGUCGACAGGCCCGUCAGGCCAGAGAGGCAGCCCCUCAGGAAAUUUAA